CAUCAUUCCCUUGUGGGCUCGCGUUCCUCUGUGUCGCUGCUUUCCUCUAGAAAUAGAGGAUCUCUAUAUCUUUCCAGCACUUUGCUUUUGUCUUCUUCGCCUCGUCUAUGGCAACGAAAAUAACCCUGCCGGCUUUACCGCCGUCUCUGCUAUUGCUGGUGCACCUUCAUUUGCUAGAAUAUCCGCAUGCAGACCGGCCAGAAUACGACCACAAUGUCUUCAACCCGAAGAUCCGCGGUCUCAAGGACCGCACGAAGACCAUGGAAGAUGUUAGCUACUUCCUCGUUCGCAAGCUCGAGCGCGACCGCGUGAAGACGACUUUACCGAACUAUCCAUGCAAGAAGCCGUCGGAUAGCGUGGCGUAUAGAACAGCGCUCACCAAAUAUCUCGAGGGCGUCCGCCAUGCAGCUACAGGCGGUGGCCAUGCGCCUGCGACUGCGAAAUCCUUGAAGGGGUUGCCGAAGGAGAGCGCUGCUUCGAAAGCAAAUGGUUCAGCUGCAUGGUGGAAGGACGUUCUUGUCAGGAGGUCUACCAUUGAGGAAUGUGCAGGAGAGAAAUUCGAGAAUAUCAUGGUGGCUCUAUCCAUCGAGGUCCUUAUGAGAUAUGUCAAGGGUGCGAGAGAUCCUGCUAUUUUUUACUCACCUGAAGCGCAGCCAUCGACAUAUCCAGUGAUGCUGAGCUGCGCGAUGCAUGCGAGGAAGGAAUGGACUCGCCGCAUGGACGAACUCCGUCGACAGAGAACCCAGCUCCAGAAGCUCAAGGAGGGCUUACGACAUUCGACGGCAAGAAAGAGCAAGUACGAGGGUCUGACGACACAAAGACUUAUAGUAUACGCGGAGUCGAAGUACCAAGACCUUCUUAGCGCUUGGUCUGUGCCCGCCCUUGACUUCUUGAUUGAGACCGCAGGUGUCUCGCGCCAAGUCGCUGAGGGACCCACUACUCAGAAUUCCGCACUUUCGACUACCAACUUCAGUCGAUCCACCUUGCUGAGGUCCGGAUCUACCUCCAAAGCAGCAGCACCCCAACCGCUCCCUGUCGCCGCCGCCCACCAUCCCUCCUACCUCAAGAAGCUCCGGAAACCUCUUUCCGCCGGCGCUGACCCCAGCAGAAGCCGCGCAAGUCAAUCACGGCCCCAUGCCUCCGGCCGCGGGGCGCACGCACCAGACGCCGCGGGUGCGCAGGCGGCAUCCGCACCUCAAACGGCUCGCUUAGUCGAAAGGGAGAGGCAAAUGAAGCGCGCGUUGCUGAGGGAGUUGGACAAGGUCCGCAGGCGGCGUGGGGAGGCGGAGGAGCGGUUGCAGCAAGCUCUGCGCCAGAAGAGGAAGCCGGCGGUGGCGGCACGCGAGGGGAGGCUGGAAAUAUGGAUCCCACCUUCACCGACGAUUAUCUCUUUUGAUGUGCGAUUUUCUCCCUUCUCUAAUAUCUCGGCCCUCCGUCGAUUAGAUUCGCGUGAAGCUGACACCGCGAUGCAGGUUAUCUCGAACAAGCAGCUGGCGCACGAACUAACCGCACCAGAUCCAUUCGUAGAGCCGCUGCAAACACGCGUUGACCGGGUACGCGCAAGGUGGAAGACGGGUCCCAAACAACCCCCGGAAAACCAAACCUCCCGUAUCCCCAAGCCAUCCGCCGAGUCCGGCAAGGCAUCAACCACACAUCAGGCUCGAGAUGGCUCGCGAACUGCGAGGGCGCCUAGCCAGUCUUCUCAGCCUUUGAGAUACAAAGCGGCUCCGCCGGCUGCUACCGCCACAUCUGGUCGACCUUCCAAUUCGAAAGAUGCAUCCAGUCGUACCAUCCCUCAGGUGGGCAACAGAACACCGCGCCGAACACGCAAAUCCGCGCGUAUGUCCCUCGUGCGCCCUCCAGUGCUGCACGAUGUUGAGGAUGCUGAGGUCACGCAAAUUCUCGACCAACUGCACGACGAUUCCGACGAAGAGUGGGACGAGUCGACGAAAAUCCUAUCCACGCCCGGGAAACCACUGGCCUCGUUGUCGCGAACCCCUGGAUCGGUGACAACUACCGUCAAGCGCCGGCCGCGGGAGACGUUCGCUAUGCCGCAGGGCGGCGCCCCGAUGGACCUUCCGACGAGCGAACUGGAGGACGAUGAGGGCGAGACUAGCGCGGACGACGACAGCGGGUACGAGGAAGGACACAGCGUGUCGCUUCGCGACAUCUUGCUGCAGGCGAAUAUGACGGGCAUCAACCUCGCAGCACACCUCGAAGACGAGAUGGACGACGACGAUCCGUUCUGAUGAGCUUACGUUACCAUGCUUUCGAAAUUCGAUACGGCGA